AUGUGGAACAUUAAUAAACAUUAUAAUGGUCCUUAUUGGGGAUAUAUGUACGGUGCAGAAUAUGAGGAUGCUACGAAGCCAUUACAUCAUUAUGAAGUACCAUGUGCCGUAUGUCGAUCUAGCCAGUUUUCUACAGUAUUAAUGAUACCAGCUAGAUCAGAAUGUUAUCAAGGCUGGCAGAAAGCAUACCAUGGAGAGUUAGUCAGUGGGUAUUAUAAGCAUAAUGCAGCGUCUCAAUAUAUUUGUUUAGAUGAUAACCCACAAACUAACGGCACAAAUGCUAUUAAAUAUGGUAAACUAACAUUUCCAGUGAGAGCGCAGUGUGGAUCACUACCAUGUCCUCCUUAUGAACAUAACACUCUUCUCACCUGUGUUGUCUGUUUGAAAUAG